GCUGGCGUCAUCGCCUCUACCCUAGCAGUCGCUAAGGGGGAUCCCAAAAAGGACAGCAAGGGGAGCAAACUAAACCUGCUGUCCUUUGAGGACGACGGCGACGACCCGGGAUUCGUCCCCAAGAAGGACAGCAAGAAGGACAAGCAGCGCCAGUCUAAGCUCGCGCGAGCACCCGCCCUUCCGGACCUACCAACGGAGGCCGCGUCACACACCCAGCGGUCAACAGCAGGCGAGUACACCGCCGAGCGGCUGCGCGAGCUGCAGCGCAAUGCCAUCAGCUUCUCAGCGGCGCGGCUGGGGGGCCCGGCGGAGGAGGGAGGCGGUGCGGGUGCUGGCGGUGGUGGGUCGGAGCCGGUGAUCAAGCUGUCGGGCAGCUUCAAGCCGGCGGGGGCGCCCAAGGACGACCGGUUCAGCCUGCCGGGCAGCAGCAUAGCGCUGGUCAAGCCAGCGGAGGAGGAGGAGGAGGGCAUGGCUCUGCCGCCCCCGCCUCGUCAGGGGGGCGCAGGCGGGUCAGCAGGG